AUGUCUAUAUUACACACAAAAACCAAAAGGCAACGUUACUUCCGCGAUUGCGAUGCCAUCUUGGAUGAAGUCUUUGGUGAGGGAUUUGCCAAAAAGCACAAAAAAGAUGUGUUCACUCAUAUCGAACCAUAUUCGAUUGGUUCAGGUUGCAUCGCAGAGGUGUACAAAGCAACUAUCAACGUUCCUGCACUAGAGAAGGCUACUGGGAAAAAAUUCCCGCAACUAGGAAACGCAGAAAAAGAAGUCGCCAUCAAGGUUGCUGACGAUGGCGUUGAAGACAUGAUUAAUCUCGAUUUGUCGAUAAUCCACUCAGGAGCAAAAUUCUUGCUCAAGUUAAUGCCAUCGCUUGGAUAUUUGGAGCCUCUUUCGGCUCUAGAACAGUUUGAAAUGGUGUUGCGACGUCAAGUGGACCUUCGCAAUGAAGCCAGAGCUUUGCAGAAAUUCUCUGAGAACUUCGAUCAUAAAAAGACGGGCAUCAAGUUCCCAAUCGUCAUUGGGUACACAAAAAAUGCGAUAGUGGAGACAUUUGAACGUGGAAUGUACAUCAAUCGACUAGUCGCUGAUGAUCAUGAUCCUGAGGUAUAAAU